AAUCCAUUUUGACGGUAAUCCAACUCCUGUAAAGUAGUGCCCAACCCAUCAAAAGUAUCUGAAAUACUGGGGUCAUUUACUCAUUUUCAUAUUCUGCUUGGUUCGACUCGCUUCAGUGACCCAGAAAGUGACGAAAGAAGGAGCGUAGUGGCUUCGUUGCUAGCUGAAGGUGCACAUGGAAGUCCCUUUCGGGCCAGCCACUGUGCUGCGAGAAGAAGCAUUUUGCGAAGAGUGCUCUGUUGACGGCGGUUGACUGAGCUUUGGACGGCGACAGAGGUCACUUACCGUUAUUCGCAAUGGUCGAGGGAAAGAAAGAAAGAAAGAGAGCAGUAGUGUUCCAUAGCAAGCAGAGGAGGUUUCUUCCAAUUUCGGUUCAAAGUGACACUGAAGUUCUUUCAUUUCCUGUCUACUACAUGCGAUCAUGACUAGCUUGCUGUGUAUCGUAAUUCAUGGGUGAGUACUGGUUUAAUGUUCUGAUCUCUCUCUCUCUCUGGUUUAAUGCUCUUCUAAGUUAAAUCAAUGAACUGAUUUUAUUUGAUCAUCCUUCAUCUGGUAUACUCUUUUUUGUUUUUUUGUUUUUUUUGGUCUCUGUCUUACUUUUCAGUACUUGACAUUGAAAUUUAAAGCCGUUGUGAUGAUGGAUUUCUAGUAUGGAGCCAUUCAAGUGUGCUUGAAGUGACUGGUUACAUUUUACGUGAAAUGAGUGCUUCUGCUUUAGCUCAGAGGUGGUUUCAGGGGAAGAUUAGAUUGCUUUGCAUUUUAAUUGCUAUACUGGUUAUUUCACAAUGUUUUACAUUUCCCUUCUGGACAACAUUUUCUAUACCGCAUUUUCAUAGACCUUCAAAAGAACCACCUGUUGAAUUUGCAAUCCCUGCAACGAGAAGAGGGGAUAUGUCUAAAUCAACUAGAAUCAGUUCCUUGCCUAAAGUUAGUCAUGGUUCUAGUUCGAAAGAAGAUGCUCUAGACUAUGCAUUGGUACUUGAUGUGGAAAGGAACUCAAGAAAGAAGUUCAUUUUGGAGAAACGUGACGUGCUUGAUAGGAGUUUUAAAGUGGAAGAUACUGAAUAUUCAAAUUACAAUUCCACUCAAAAGGGACCCACGCAUGCACAUGGUCUCACAGGGCAGACUAGAUCAAUUGAUAACAUCAGCAAAGUGCUCUUGGCUUCUGAAGCACACAGCAAAUUAGUAUUUGGUAACCCUCAAAGGCAGGUGAAUAACAUGCAAGUUAUAUCAAGGGAAGUUCCUUCAGAGGGUAUCAAAUUUACGAAUGCAGGUGUAAACUUGUCCGCUCUAUUAUCUACUGCCAACAUAUCUUCAAAUGGAAGUAGAAUGCAAAACAACAACAACAACAAGCCUUUAUCCCACUAGGUGAGGUCGGCUACAUGGAUUGCAAGACGCCAUUGUGCUCUAUCAUUUAUCAAGCUUUUAGGAAUAUUAUUAAUUAAGAGAUCGCGUUCAACAACUUCCAAAAGUGUUCUCUUAGGCCUUCCUCUACCUCUCUUAAUUGGACUCAAAGUUAUAUAUUCCACUCUUUUCACUGGUGCC